AUGUUACUUGCUAUUGCAUCUAUUAAGAGCUGGCUUGUACACCAACUUGAUGUCAACAAUGUUUUCUUGCAUGGAGACUUGCAAGAAAAUGUGUAUAUGAAAAUUCCAGAUGGUGUUCAGUGUGCAAAGCCUAAUCAAGUAUGCAAGUUGCUCAAGAGUUUGUAUGGUUUGAAACAGGCUAGUCGUAAAUGGUAUGAGAAACUCACAUCCUUGUUAGUCAAGGAGGGAUAUACACAGUCCACAUCUGACUACUCUCUAUUUACCAUCAAUCAACAAAGUCAUUUUACUGCAUUGUUAAUAUAUGUUGAUGAUGUGAUUUUGACUGGCACUGAUAUACAAGAGAUCACUAGAAUCAAAACUAUCUUGGACAACAAUUUCAAAAUUAAGGAUUUAGGUGUGGUAAAAUAUUUCCUUGGUUUGGAAGUUGCUCAUUCCAAAGAAGGGAUAAGUAUAUCUCAGAGAAAGUAUUGCCUGGAUUUGCUUCAUGAUUCUGGUUUGCUUGGAUCUAAACCUGCUUCUACACCAUUAGAUCCAUCCAUCAAACUACAUCAAGAUAAUGGUAAACCAUUUGAGGACAUAAGUUUGUAUAGAAGACUUGUUGGAAAACUAUUGUACCUCACCAACACCAGACCAGAUAUCACAUUUGCUACUCAACAGUUGAGUCAAUUUUUACAUAAUCCAACUGUAACUCACUACAAAGCAGCAUGUAGGGUUAUUAGAUACCUCAAACAUAAUCCAGGAAGAGGCCUUAUCUUUCGCAGAAAUUCAGAUAUGCAGUUACUUGGAUACUCAGAUGCAGAUUGGGCUGGAUGUUUAGAUACAAGAAGAUCUACAAGUGGUUAUUGUUUCUUUCUUGGUUCAUCUCUCGUAUCAUGGAAGGCAAAGAAACAGUCCACUAUUUCAAAAUCUUCCUCUGAAGCAGAAUAUAGAGCACUCUCAUCAGCAACUUGUGAAUUGACUUGGCUUCUAUACCUACUGAAAGACUUGCAGAUAGAAUGUGUUAAGCAGCCAGUCUUGUUUUGUGAUAAUCAAAGUGCAUUGCAUAUAGCUUCAAAUCCAGUCUUUCAUGAAAGAACUAAACAUAUAGAGAUAGACUGUCACAUUGUUAGGGAAAAGGUACAAAAUGGAUUAAUGAGACUGCUUCCCAUAUCCACACAAGAUCAAUUAGCAGAUUUCCUAACAAAAGUUCUGCCAGUGCCCAAGUUCAAUCAUUUCAUGUCCAAGCUUGGAUUGCUUGAUAUCUACCAAGCAUCAGCCUGUGGGAGGAUGUUAAGUAUCAAUAAGAAUGAUCAAAGGAAUGAUGAAAUGGAGACAAAUGUAAAUAGUUAG